AUGGACCUCUAUAAGGCCUACGACAUGAUGGACUGGCAAUUUAUCAAGGAAAUGCUAGUAGCUCUGAAUUUUCCGGCCCACUUCAUCCACAUAGACAUGGCCUGUAUCAUUUCCACAAGAUAUACAAUCAUGAUCAAUGGAACUCCCACACCCACAUUCCAAGCGAAGAGGGGACUUCGACAAGGGGACCCUUUCUCCCACCUUCUUUUUGUUAUUGGCAUGGAAUAUCUGUCUCGAAUCCUCAAAAGUGUCGAGGACCAAUAUGGCUUUCAUCCUAGAUGCAGAAAGACAAAGCUCACUCAUCUUUGUUUCCCUGAUGACCUGAUGCUCUUUUGUAAGGGUGACAUUCCAUUGUCUGCUCUGUAUACAACGGGGAUCACACCAGAGACAAAAAAUUCCAUUGGGGAUGAGCUCACUCAAUUCUCCUUUGGAACCUUUCCCUUCAAGUAUCUUGGUAUUCCGUUGUCUAUUAAAAGCUCUCUAUUGCUGAAUGUGAACAAAUUUGCAGAUAAGAUGACAAGAAAAAUACGAGGGUGGCAAGCCAAAAACCUCUCAGAUUUAUCCUCCCAUAGAGGGUCAUCAAAUGUAUUAAUGACAUCUGCAGAUCCUUUCUAUGGUUCGGUAUGCAAGCCUAAGUGUGGAGGUUGGGGCAUCAAAGACGUGCUCACUUGGAACCAAAUAGCUGUGGGCAAAAUAGCUUGGCACAUACACAUCAUGAAAGACUCAAUGUGGGUACGGUGGGUUAAUGGAGUUUAUACCAAAGGGGGGAAUUGGGGCUUGUAUAACGCUCCAAUUAAUGCAAGCUGGACCAUGAGGAAGCUGUGCAAAAUUAAAGACACAUGGAAGCAAUGGGUAUUCAAAGACGCCUAUUCAAUUAAGGAAGUUUAUACGACUACCUUUCAAUGUCAACCAAAGGUAAACUGGAGAAUUCUGGUCUGGAGCGGAGUAGUUAUUCCACGAACUCGAUUUUGCUGUUGGCUCUUGGCCUUAGGAAAACUUAAAACCAAGGAACAGACUCCAUAG